AUGGCCCUGUCUUUUGACAAGGGUGAAGUUGGGUGCAGCACGCUGGAGUCUGCAACCGGAUUCCCGCAUUCCGCUGCGAUCGCCUGUCGCUUUCUUGGCUGUCUCGUGAAAGCCGGCGGAAAAGUGCAGAGCGAUGAGUUCUGGCAGCUCUUCACGCCGGUCCUCGCUUCCAGGGCAUCGUCGCUGAGAGAAGCGGGUGAUCUCUCCCCGAUGCAAAGGAUAUGCGCUCGGCUGUGCAAGGGCGAGGUCUCUGGGGCGCUCGAGGACGCUGGCAAAGCUGGGCUUUGGUCACACGCGAUGGCGAUUUCGCGGCUAGUCGACCCUCCGUCUUUCGAUACAGUCCUCCUUCGUUUUUCCGAAGCUGCCAGCGCUGGCAGCAGCGAAGUUUCACCAGGCCUGUCUGCUCAAGAGCUGCAGGAUCCUGCCGUUCUCGCACUUCUCCUGCUUUAUGAAACCAUGGCGAAAGGAGGUCAGCCUGACAUCUCCGACAAAGCAAUGGCCGGAUGGCCAGCGAUUGCUGCCAUGUUUUCCUUACUGCUGCGGCCGUGCGAGCAUCGAAAUGAUGCCGUAAAGUUCAUCGAGAUCCUGGCUUCAAGGCUCGCAAGUGCUGGAGAUGUCUUCGCAGCCCACGUGUGCUACCUCAUGACCGGUGAGAGAACUCUGGAAGCUGUUGAUGCUCCAUCCAGCAUGGUGUGCAUACUGGGCGUGGAGCAUCGCAGCCCGAAGAACUUCGCUCGCCUCCUCGACCCCCUGGCGCUGCAGAUGUCCGAGGCAUACGAGUAUGCCAUUCGAUGCGGAGAUGCAGACGCGCUCUGUCCUACCAUACAGCCCUUCAAGCUGGCACACGCCAUGCUGCUUGCUGAUGUGGGCCUCGUCGACAAAGCUCGACGCUACAUGACUUUGCUUCAGGCUUUUGUAAAGGCCGUACCGCAGAAUCGCCUCUCUGAUGCAUUCAGAUCGAGCAUGCGUGAAUUCCACGAGGUCUUGAAUCCGAGCUUGGCUGGUCAGGCAGCAGAUGCCCCAAGGGUCGGCAAGGUUUUCAAGGACCUUGUUCGUAACUUUGCUGAGACGACGGGCUUGGCGGUCAAGCCGACUCCGCCACCAGCUUUGCCAGCAGACGAGCCGGACAGCAGCCUGCAGCCAGCUGCGCAGCCGUUGCUGCAGCCUGCGGGCACUUUUCCAUCAUCCAGUUUUCCACCGAUGCAGCCUUUCCAGCCACUGCCUGCGCAGCCACUGCCUGCGCAGCCACUGCCUGCGCAGCCACUGCCUGUGCCGCAGCCAUUGCCUGCGCAGCCACCGCAGACGCCAGCACAACCUGUACCCACCCCGCCACCGGCUACGCAAUUUUCGUCUCCUCAACCCACCCCAGGCCCCUUCUCCAACCCAGCUUACCCGACGCCUCCGAUGAACUCCGGCUUCGGCGCUUCCCCGUUCCCGCCGUCCCCACAGCCGCAGCCGCAAAGCGCUGACUUGCAGGUUCCGCCAAGCUCACAGCCUUUCGCCGGCAGCGCCCUGUUUGGUGGUGCCGGAGGUGGCGUGGGGGACGGCUUUGCUCCACCCAGCACUUCGCAGCCUUUCUCCAGUGCGCCCUAUAGUGGCAUGGGAGGUGGCUUCGGGCAGCCGGACGGCGGAAGCACCCAGGACAGAGCGAAGCCACCGGAACGCAUGGACUAUGCCGAUACGCUGGAAAACGACCCCUUGAUCAAUGCUGGCAAGGCGGUAUUUGGCUUUGGCAAGUCCCUUUUUUCGGCUGCAAUGAACAGAACGCAGGGCGACAACAGAAAUAGUCCGGAAAAGGAGGAGAAGAAGGAGCAAGGGUUCUACUACGACAAAGACAAAGGUCGUUGGAUGCAGCAUGGUGUGGAGGACAAAGACCAGGCCGACGUCUCGGAGUACGACCCGCUGACGGGCAAGAAGCUACUCCCAAAGGUUUCAGAUAUACCACCCCCACCGUCAAUGGGUGGCUUCGGAGCUCCUCCCAUGGUCGGUCCACCGCCAAUGGGCGUCUCGCCGCCCAUGGGUCCACCGCCGAACGACGGUCCCCCUCCCGUUGGGCCGCCGAUGGGUGGGCCGCCAAUGGGCGGGCCUCCGCCAAUGGGUGGGCCUCCGCCAAUGGGUGGGCCACCACCAAUGGGCGGGCCACCACCAAUGGGCGGGCCACCGCCAAUGGGUGCGCCAAUGGGUGGGCCACCGCCUCCAGCAGGAGGCAACCCGUACGCUGCCGGAGCUUUUCAAAGAAAUGCUGGUGCAUCGGCCCUCUAUGUAAACCCGCUUGGAGGACCUGCAGGCGGUGCAGCGCCUUGCGGGGGGCUGGGGCCAUGUGGAGCAGGAGCUGCCCCGCCAGCUGCAGGAGCAGCCCAAGCAACCCCUUUCAACCAGGCUGGCAUGGUGAGAGCGACGCCCUUCGGAUAG